CGACACAGCCUCAUUAUCUCCCCCAGGACAACGACCGAGAAGGACCGGCCUGGUCUGUGAGGCGACUGAUGAAGAUGAAGCCUGGCGUAGCGUGGUGGCUUCUGGUGUACCUGGUGGCGGCAUAUGGAGUUGUCGCCCCUGUACUUUCUACUUCUGAGGAGAAGGGAUUCAAACCAGACCCGCGAGAUCCAUAUCUCAUACAUGACUACACAGAUCACUACUGUAACCGGCCGUGCGAAGAGAACGCGGCCCCAAAGAUCUGCAGGUACAACUUUCUGAUAGAACACUACAUCACCAUGUCCCCGGCCUGCCACAAGUGCAGCACCGACCACCGGGACUGCUUCCUGCCCCAGUGUGUCCCGGGGGACGGCAGGAAGAGGGGAAUCCUUACCGUCAACCGCAUGCUGCCAGGACCUUCCAUAUCU